ACGCAUCGUAACUUACCUCAGUUCUACGAGACAUUUUCGUGCAUGCACAUGAUCUAGAUCAUCUAGUAGGUGUGAGUGCUUAAUGCUUCGAGUUUUGGAGUUGGAAGCACACCUCGUAGUGGUGGUUGGAAGUAGAUCUACAAUACAUGUAGAUCUAGAAUCUAGAUCUUAAUUGGAAGAAGCUCUGCGCCUGUCCAUUUGAUCAGGAGUGCAGUGGGCUGAGAGUGAGAGUGAAAUUGAUACACUGCCACUGGUCACUGCGUUGGUACGUCAUAGAUUUAAAUUAAGGAAAGCUAUAUGUACAAAGAAUGACGGAAGGUGGCAGUGUUGGAGAGAAUGACCCAGCUCAAGGUGAUGCAGGUCAACCCGAAAGUUGGUGGAAAAAACAGAGGAGAGAAGCUGCCUCAUUUUCUGUGGAAGACUGUCCAGAAUGCAGAUAUGUAGGAGGUUUUGGCAUGUAUGGAGCUGCAUUGUACGUGGGAUAUACAAGUAUCAGAAGGCAGAAACUGGCAGGAAGAACAUUAUGGGGUGCUGUACCGGCUCUUACUGUAUCUGCUGUAAUGGUUGGUCUUGGAACUGCCCGUCUUCUUCGCAUCAACCCCUUCAGUAGCAGUGGCAAUGAGUUGGGGAUAGACCUGGUUGACCAAGCUCUUCGGAACCUUGCACAACCAGCAGACAAUGAACACAAAAAUGACAAUGUGGAGAGAUGAUGAAAACUUAGUUUUCCAGAGACAAUAGUUUUGUUUUGUAAAUGGAUCAUAAAAAUGUAUUUGCUAAAAUGAUAGCUCAAGGCUCAAGUCAUCAUGAGAAGGACAUUAUUGGCUGUACAGAAUAGGCAAGUAUUUCUUCAUGCCAGGAGCAGCCGAUAAUGUUAAUGUCUCGUCAGAUUAUUCUUUUAAAUGUCAUCUUGAGUCACAUUAUGCGGGGGGGGGGGGGGUACAGGGAUACUGACAUUCAUUUGGUGUACAAGGAUGUUCUCACUGUUUUUUUUUAAAGAAUGAUCCUUGAACAAUUUUUACAGAAAAGCACAAGAUCCUUGAAGUUAUUUUGUUAUAAUCAUGUACACUGGACCUUCUUUGUGUUAUAAGGAAAUAUUCAAGCCAAAGACCGGACUUAUUCCUUUGAUUAAUCUGUGCCCCUGUUUAUGAUGGUACUUACAUUGUAAUUGAAUACGUCCAUGAAAAUUUGCCUGUUGAUGACACCUCUGUUAAUUGCUGAUAUUGAGGUGUACAGACAGGGAGCAGUACAUGUACCUGUAGGCAAAUGGUCAUUAUUAACAUUCAAUCAUAUCACCCUCUUAAAGGUCAAGUCCACCUCAGAAAAAUGUUGAUUUGAAUCAAUAGAGAAAAAUCAGACAAGCACAAUGCUGAAAAUUUCAUCAAAAUCGGAUGUAAAACAAGAAAGUUAUGACAUUUCAAAGUUUGGCUUAUUUUUAACAAAAUAGUUAUAUGAAAGAGCCAGUUACAUUCAAAUGAGAGAGUUGAUGACGUCACUCACUCACUAUUUCUUUUGUUUUUUAUUGUUUGAAUUAUUCAAUAUAUCAAUUUUUACGAAUUUGACGACUAGGACCUCCUUGCCUGAAGCACAAAAUAUUAAAAUAAUGGAAUUCCAAGUGUUCAGGGAGGAAUGAAACUUCAUUUUACAUGACAAUAAAAUACAAAAGAAAUAGUGAGUGAGUGAUGUCAUCGACUCUCUCAUUUGGAUGUAACUGGCUCGUUCAUAUAACUAUUUUGUUAAAAAUAAGCGGAAAUUUGAAAUGACAUAACUUUCUUAUUUUACAUCCGAUUUUGAUGAAAUUUUCAGCAUUGUGCUUGUCUGAUUUUUCUCUUUUUAUUCAAAUCAAGUUUUUGUUUGGGUGGACUUGUCCUUUAAAGAUCAUCACCUGUACCUUGGCAAAAAGUAAAUUACAUGUAUGUACAAGUGAAUAUGUAGACAAUAUCAUAAAUAAUAUUUGUCUGCUAGUUGAAAUUGAUGACAGACAUUACAUUGAUUACAUGUGCAAUGAAACUUGUCAGUGACCACCCAAGGAUAAUACCAAAAGUGGCCCAUAUAGACAGGUGGCUGCUAUAGGCAUGUUCUCUUACACACAAGCUGCCUCCAUAGAAAUUGGUUUUAGUGUAGGCUGAUGGCCACUAACACAUGUAGGUUAAAAUGUAUUUGUUUUAUCUAGAUGUGAGAUGUCUGUGCUAUUUUGUAGAAUUUGCACCAAUGCAGGAGACUGUAGUUACAAACUACUUUCCUCUGUAUUUCUGACAGGGAUAUGUAUGUUUCUCAGUACAAUGAUGAUGACAAGGAGAUGACAAUGUGAUGGCCUCAUUAUCAGUCCAUAAUCCAUAUUGUUGGUGUACAGUCCUUCAUGUAAGUUUUACAUCAAUCAUAUGGAAGUGUUGAUAUUUAGAGACUGAUUAAUGGAUUGGAAAUAGAUAAUGUACCCUUCUGUCAAUUACACACAUACAUGUACAGCAAACAACAUCAUUUUAU